AUGCCGCGCAAAGGCGAGCCCAGCAAGUCGUGGGGGCCGCGCACCCUGUUCGAGUUCACGGACGACGACGUCAAAUGGCUCGACAGUUUGGAGGUCAACAAACUCCUCUGCACAGAGGAAAUAUGCCCCACGACGGAGCGCAAACACCUCCAAUUCCACAUCACCUUCAAGCGGGCCUGCAGGCUCCCGGCGUUGAAGAAGAUGCACCCCAGAGUCCAUUGGGAGGCGCAAUACUGCACGCAGGACGACAACUACUCGCGGAAGCGAGACAGCAAAAUCCUAAUCGACAAGGACAACCGCAAACGGCCGGGGGAACGGACGGACCUGCAAGCAAUCAAGCGGGUCCUCACCGAGACGAAUUCGGCACGAUCCGCCAUGCCAAUGGCCUCCAGCAGCCAGCAAAUCCAAUUCGCCAAGCAGUGGCUCGAAUACAUGGAACAACCGCGACCAGUCGGGGACAUCGAGGUCCACUGGCGCUGGGGCAAGACGGGAGUCGGGAAGACCCGCUACGUCUGGGACAUGCACGGAGUCGACGAAAUCUACCAGCCCACCAGCUACAAGUGGUGGCAGGGGUACGACGGUCACAAAAUCGUGCUGAUCGACGAGCUCCGCGCCAACUGGUGGACCUUCGGGCAGCUACUGCGCUUACUGGACCGCUACCCUUUUACGGUCGAGACCAAGGGGGGGUCUAGGCAGAUCCAGGCUACCGUCUGGUACAUCACGAGCUCUAAGCACCCUGCGGAGCUAUUCGAUCCCCGCCAUUUUGACGCCGCUGAGCGGGUAGACCAACUACUCCGACGGCUGACUACCAUCACGGAAGUACUCGAGCCGGAAACGGCGGAGCAGGCUGAUGCAAUAGAUUGGCAGCACGACGAAGCGCGUGAAUAUGCUGGCGGGCGCGUAAGCUGCCCUGAGUGGCGACAAUUGAGCUGCAUCCGCAUCGCAUAUGUCUUCGACGCGGUGUUCACCGAGCGAGCCCAGCAAGUCGUGGGGGCGUGCGCCCUGUUCGAGUUCACUGACGACGACGUCAAAUGGCUCGACAGUUUGGAGGUCAACAAACUCCUCUGCACAGUGGAAAUAUGCCCCACGACGGAGCGCAAACACCUCCAAUUCCACAUCACCUUCAAGCGGGCCUACAGGCUCCCGGCGCUGAAGAAGAUGCACCCCAGAGUCCAUUGGGAGGCGCAAUACUGCACGCAGGACGACAACUACUCGCGGAAGCGAGACAGCAAAGUCCUAAUCGACAAGGACAACCGCAAACGGCCGGGGGAACGGACGGACCUGCAAGCAAUCAAGCGGGUCCUCACCGAGACGAAUUCGGUACGAUCCGUCAUGCCAAUGGCCUCCAGCAGCCAGCAAAUCCAAUUCGCCGAGCAGUGGCUCGAAUACAUGGAACAACCGCGACCAGUCGGGGACAUUGAGGUCCACUGGCGCUGGGGCAAGACGGGAGUCGGGAAGACCCGCUACGUCUGGGACAUGCACGGAGUCGACGAAAUCUACCAGCCCACCAGCUACAAGUGGUGGCAGGGGUACGACGGUCACAAAAUCGCGCUGAUCGACGAGCUCCGCGCCAACUGGUGUACCUUCGGGCAGCUACUGCGCUUACUGGACCGCUACCCUUUCACGGUCGAGACCAAGGGGGGGUCUAGGCAGAUCCAGGCUACCGCCUGGUACAUCACGAGCUCUAAGCACCCUGCGGAGCUAUUCGAUCCCCGCCAUUUUGACGCCGCUGAGCGGGUAGACCAACUACUCCGACGGCUGACUACCAUCACGGAAGUACUCGAGCCGGAAACGGCGGAGCAGGCUGAUGCAAUAGAUUGGCAGCACGACGAAGCGCGUGAAUAUGCUGGCGGGCGCGUAAGCUGCCCUGAGUGGUAA